AUGAAAAAAGUUGCUUGUUUUAUUCUUGCAUCACAAAUUCAAGGUUAUGGAUUAGUAGGUAUUAUUACAUUCGUACUUGAAAAUAUUCCGAAUGAAUAUGUUCGAAAGCGACAACAUUUUAUUCAGCUUCAAUUAUUUGCAGUGUUAUUGGUCCAAUGCGAGUAUUUGAUUCAUAAUCUAUUUGAUCUUGGUUGCUCUUUACUUUUUCGUAUUGGUACAAUAUUAACUAUAUCAGAUUGA